CUGGGUAGGACACUCUUAAGGUCAGCCAUAUUGUUUAAUCGUCUUGGUUGAAGGAUAGAGGGGAGAUGAAGGGGAUUCGGGGAAUAAGUCAGCUGUCGAGACGCUUCUAUGCGGCCACCCGAACAGAGCAGCCCUUGACUCAGCCUCUGUCGGGCCUCAAGGUCUCCACAGGGGCUUCCCAUUCAUACCAGGACGUCCAUGUGACCAAACUGCCCAGUGGUCUGAUGAUAGCCUCAUUGGAAAACUACUCCCCGGCAUCCAGGAUCGGUGUGUUUGUGAAGGCUGGCUGUCGCUAUGAGUCCCCGGAGAACCAGGGAGUCACCCACCUGCUCCGUCUGGCUGCCAACCUGACUACCAAAGGUGCUUCAGCCUUCAGGAUCUGUCGUGGUGUGGAGGCAGUGGGAGGCAGUCUAGGCGUGACGUCAUCCAGAGAGAACAUGAUCUACUCGGUUGACUGUCUCAGAGACCACAUUGACACGGUGAUGGAGUACCUGAUCAAUGUGACCACAGCCCCAGAGUUCAGGCCGUGGGAGGUGUCUGACCUCACUCCCAGGGUCAAGAUGGACAAGGCCCUAGCCGCACAGACCCCCCAGAUGGGUGUGAUUGAAGAUCUACAUGGAGCGGCUUACAAGAACGCCCUGUCCAACUCCCUCUACUGCCCAGACUACAUGGUUGGCCAGGUCGACGCUGACCAUAUGCACAAUUUUAUCCAAAACAAUUUCACAAGUGCAAGAAUGGCUCUGGUUGGCCUUGGUGUGGACCACAAUGUUCUGAAGCAGGUGGGAGAGCAGUUCCUCAACAUCCGCAGUGGGAUGGGCACCGCUGGGACAAAGUCUCAGUACCGCGGUGGCGAGGUGCGGGUGCAGAACGGGUCCAGCCUAGUGCACUCUGCAGUGGUGUCUGAGGGGGCGGCGGUGGGGACAGAUGAGGCUAUGGCCUUCUCUGUACUACAGCAUGUCCUGGGGGCGGGGCCACACAUCAAGAGAGGCUCCAACUCCACCUCCAAACUCAUCCAGGGCGUCGCUAAGGCUACCGCAGACCCCUUCGAUGCCUCUGCUUUCAAUGCCAACUACUCUGACUCUGGCCUGUUUGGAGUCUACACCAUCUCCCAGUCUGCAGCAGCUGGUGACGUGAUCAAGGCAGCUAUUGGCCAGGUGAAGGCUGUUACAGGAGGAGUCUCAGAAGCUGACCUGACCCGCGCCAAGACCCAGCUGAAGGCUGAGUACCUGAUGUCGUUGGAGAGCUCAGAGGGUUUGUUAGAUGCCAUGGGUUCACAGGCUCUGGCCGGAGGGGUCUACCACUCCCCCGAGGCCAUCGCACAGAAGAUCGACUCUGUCUCCGCAACUGAUGUCGCUAACGCUGCAAAUAAGUUUGUGUCGGGCAAGAAGUCAAUGGCUUCCAGUGGAAACCUCGUCAAGACGCCCUUCGUUGACGAGAUCUAAAGCCUUCCAACUUUAUUUCACUUGUGAUUUUAAAAAUCACAACAAAGCCCUCUGUCCGUUCAAAACAAACAAAUUGAAACUGAAACAUGGUCAUUAUCCCCAUUGCCUCAUUGUUCUUUUGAGGAAGUUAUGAUAAUGUUGUAAUCACACCAACAGCCAAUAUUUAUAGUUGUUGAUAUUUUUAUGUGGAUCUCGAUGGUGCAUAAGGAAAUAAGAUCCACAUCUUGAACUGUAUAGCUGAUGUAAAUUAAUGAAUAAAGAAUAUCUACCUUAAA